AUGUCGUUGAUCUUUGCUUUAGUGUGUGGAAUUUCUGUAACUUUAUUAGUUCCGUCAAUAUGUCAGCGAGAACAUGCUGGUGUGUAUGUAACACUGUAUCCACCCAUGAAUGUAUCUAUUGGGUACAUAUCUGAUGAGACUGCAUAUGUGUAUUGGUUUGCACCUCCAGUUUACAUACACGUGAAGUUUAAUAACACAUUUGGGGACCCAAAUGAACCUGCACCCGGUAAUAUUGACAGUGAUACAAACGGAGACACUGUGACAGAAGUGUUGGACAAACAAAAGGAAGUAUCUUAUACAUACAAUACAGAAUCUGAAAACACCACAGAUAUUGUUUCAGUUGUGACAAAUAACAGUUCCAUGGAAACUGUAAACUCCAGUUCUGUUCAAGGCACAAAUACAACGACAACUGGCUCAGAAUCAACAAAUUCUUCUUCAGCAGACUAUACAUCUACUCAGCAUCAACACAAUGUUACAAUAUGGACAGCGUGGACACCAAAGUAUGUUCACUAUAAUGAUUCUGAAGACAAACAACCCCUGGAAAAAAAAGAUGUUGUCAAUUUCCUCAGUGGACAUUUGAUAGGCUACAUUGUGAAGUGGUGGCAAGAUGGGUCAACUAAUUUUACUGAACAGCAAGUGAAUCAGACUGUAACAGAGUUGCACCUUACAGAGUUGACCCCUAACACCACCUACAGAAUAAAUGUGUCUGCUGUGUAUGAUGGGAACAAGAUUCUUACAGCCAAUACAUCUUAUUUUACAACCAGCUUUGAUACCACUAAAUCUUGCCAAUGUGACACAUAUGGAACAGUACCUGGACAUUAUGCCUGUAAUUUCACCUCUCGCAAAUGGUGCAAGUGUCGGUCUGGUUUUGGGGGCCUGUUUUGUGAGCAGUGUGCUGCAGGCUAUUACAGGAAUGCUGCAGGCUUGCCUUGUUGGAAAUGUCCUUGUGAUGAUGAUGCUUCCACAGGUUCCUGUCAUUUUAAGGAAGAAUUUCUUCAUUGUGAUGAAUGUAAGCAUGGAUAUGCUGGGAAUCUAUGUCAUAAGUGUUCUGAAGGAUAUUUUCGGUAUGGGUCCUCAGACUACUGUAAACCAUGCGCCUGUAAAGGGAACAGUGACAAAUGCAACCCAUAUACAGGAGAGUGUAUUGACUGCAAAUAUAAUACAACAGGUUUUUCUUGUGGUAAAUGCAAGAAAGACUAUGAAGGAGACCCUAAUGUUCACAAAAAUUGUACCCACAAAGCGGAUCUGAAGCCGAAAUCAAAGUCAAACACAGUCAUGAUUGCAUUGGUGUGUGUGUUAGUGGUGCUCAUCCUCUCGGCCAUCGCAGGAAUCAUCAUUUAUAGAAAGUGGAAGGACCAUCCUGCAGCAAAACCAUUUUGGACAGUAGAGCUGCAGGAUGAUCAUGAAGGUGUUAAUUUCAGUAGUGUUCCAGAAGAUGACUUUCAAGCUCGUGUUGAAGACAUGAACUUCUAUGAAAAACAUGAUCAAAGCAAGUCCAAACGAGGGACAAAAAAGUAUUCACCACUACGAGAAGAUCUUUAGUUAUUCUAUGCAGUCAGAAUAAUGUGAUGUGGUACUUGAAUUACGGCCUCACCUAUUUGUAGUUAAUCUAGUCAGCUUGCUAAGGUAUUCGACAAUA